AUCGCAUAGAGUGAAAGCUCUUGAAGUACUCCACUGUCUGGACAAUAUUGAAAGUCAGGCGGAGUCCGUAUUAACGUUAGUGUUUUUACGCAAAGAGAAAUUCAACCAAAUAGAAGAUUAAUGUCAUUUAGUGGAACGCAAAACGGCGGGCGCCGUAGUAAAUGGGACCAGCCGGGCCCAGGUCCUGGUUCAGACCAGAUGGGGGAGGCGGAGGCAGCUCCUACAGGUGCUCUGGACGCUGCAGCUGCUGUGGCAGCUAAGAUCAACGCCAUGCUGGUAGCCAAGGGCAAGCUCAAGCCCUCCCAGAUAGGACCCUCUGGACCAUCUGGACCCCCAGACAAGGUUGUGGGUGCAGGGAAGCCCCAGCCUCCUAUGAAAGCGAAGGAUGACCUGGUGGUUGCGGAGGUGGAGAUCAACGACGUUCCUCUCCCCUGCCGGAACCUGCUGACCCGCGGACAGACACAGGACGAGAUCAGCAAAGUGAGCGGUGCUGCUGUGUCCACCAGGGGGCGAUACAUGGCAGCAGUGGAGAAGUACAAGGCUCCACAAGGGGACCGACCCCUCUAUCUUCACGUCCAGGGCCAGACCAGGGAGCUUGUUGACAGAGCUGUGAACCGCAUCAAGGAGAUCAUCACUAACGGAGUGGUGAAGGCGGCCACCUCCUCCUACAGCGGAACCGGAGCCACAGUACCAGUCUACCAGCAACACAAACCCCAGCCCCCCUCACUGCCCCCCAUCAACCACCAUCACAGACCACACUUUCAGUCUGGGAUGCACUAUGUGCAGGAAAAGUUGUUUGUGGGUCUGGAGCAUGCCAUCCAGGGCUUCUCAGUGAAGGAGAGGGUGGAAGGGCCAGGCAGCUCCUACCUGCAGCACAUCCAGGGUGAGACUGGGGCCAAGGUCUUCCUCAGGGGGAAGGGAUCAGGCUGUCUGGAGCCCGCCUCUGGGCGAGAGGCCUUCGAACCGAUGUACAUCUACAUCAGUCAUCCCAAACCAGAGGGCCUUGCUGCAGCUAAGACCCUGUGUGACAACCUGCUGCAGACGGUCCAUGCAGAGUAUUCUGUCUUCCUCAACCAGAUGAGUGUCAUGAUGCCUACUCCCGGCUUUAUGCAGCCCCCCAUGGCCAACGGGAUGCCCCCCCAGCCCCCUUACUACCCCCCAUCGGGGUACCAGCCCAGCUACCCCCUCCCUGUACCUCCCCCUCAGCCCAUUCCUCCCCCCUACACUGUCCCCCCUCCCAUUCCCCCUGGGCUGCCUGCUGGUCUCCCCCCUCCCAACCGGUACGCCCUCCCCCCUGCACCUGUCACUUUACCACAGACUCUCCCACCUUCUCCUUUCCCACCCGCUGCUCCGGUUCCGCCCAAAGCUCCGCCUCCUGUAGUCUUAGCCAAUCCGCCGCAGAAAAGACGCUUCACGGAGGAGGUGCCAGACGAGAGUGACAGCGGUCUGCUGGGAUACCAGCAUGGACCCAUUCAUAUGACUAAUUUAGGUGCAGGCUUCCCUGUGGGCAGCCCCGGCCCAGAGGCUUCAGGACCCCCGCCACCGAGUUCCUCCGGGCCGCCGAGGGAGAGGGACAGCAGUAGGCAGCUGAUGCCUCCACCACCCAUUCCGCCCUCUCCUUUCUCCCUCAUUCCUCCCUCUUUCUCCCACUGUUUUUCCCUCUCAUCUCUCUCAGAUCCCUCAGUGAAGAGGAUGAAGACGGGGCUCGUGGCGUACGCUGGUGACUCCUCGGACGAAGAGGAGGACCACUCCACCCCCAAAACCUUGGGGGCAGGUAACCAUGGUAACGUCGCUGGGGCAACCCACUCCACCCCCACGUCAUCCUCGGGCUGGACUCUGGGGUACCGCUGCCCCCCUCCGCCUCCCCAACGUGCCAAAACACAGCAGGCACAGUCACAGCAGCCCAUGCCCUUCUGGAUGGCCCCAUAACACAGGAGUAUUAAACCUCAUACCCUCCCCUGACACCUUGGGCCUUUUGGAGGGUGCCAAAAACCCCAAACUGAGCCCCAGUCCCCCCUCUUCCCCUUUCCCCUGAACCAUCACUCCUACCUGCUCCUCCACUUGAUAUAAUUUAUUUUGUGAUGACUUAGAUUUCGUUAAAACAGUUUUGCCAUGUGCUCAGCAGUAAAGCAGUGUGUGUGUGUGUGUGUGUGUGUAAAAUGGACUAAACAGACCGGCUGGCUGAUACAAAGAGAACAGACUGAACCAGCCAACCAGGCACAACAGACUGGAUAUAUGGUGACAAGCAGCAAGAUGCCCCAGACUUCCACACAGAUUCAAGUGUACUCUGAACUCUGUAUAGGAGAGACAGCUGAGGAACAGACACAAAUGGAGGGUAAUAGUGCCCUGUUUUUGGUUGAUUUGGACGUGUCCACUCCUGGUUUUACUAGUGUAGAAAAGCACUGAGAUAGAAGAGAUUUCAAUGCAUUCUAAAUGAUUUCUUUGUCAAAAAAUAUAUUUCCCCCAUCUCCAUUUUCUUUCUUGGUCCAAAUCUUAAUCAAAUCUCUCUCUUCCUUGAGUACAGAUCAUAUAAAUAUGCUUGUUGGACUUUUAUAAAAUGCAAUUGACUCAACUGUUCUAAUGCUUUUGUGGAAUAAAUUAGCAUUAUCUCUGUG